GGCGGACAGUAACAGCAGUAACAGUAACAGUAACAGCAGCAGCGGAGGAGAGGAUAGACGUUAGAAGAAACGAACGCUUACCUUCUGUGACGGCGGCGGUGGUGAAUGUCUUUAAAUGUCAGGGUUUACGCCGCGUGUUCGUGUUCGUCUCAGCCUACCGUCGGGCUCGGCCGCUGCGGGAGCGUCGGUCAUGGCGGUGCACCGGGGACCCUCCACAAAUUGGCUCUUUACCCGGGAGCAGCUGGAGAACACGCCGUCCCGACGCUGCGGUAUCGAGGCGGACAGGGAGCUUUCGUACCGCCAGCAGGCCGCCAAUCUCAUCCAGGACAUGGGCCAGAAACUGAACGUCUCUCAGCUCAUCAUCAACACAGCUAUAGUUUACAUGCACAGGUUUUACAUGAUCAACUCCUUCACUAAGUUCCAUAGGAAUAUAAUUUCUCAGACCACACUGUUCCUUGCUGCUAAAGUUGAAGAGCAGCCCAGGAAGCUGGAGCACGUCAUUAAAAUCGCCCACGCCUGCAUGAACCCGCAGGAGCCCCCGCUCGACACCAAGAGCAACGCCUUCCUGCAGUUGUCACAAGAGCUCGUAGCUCUGGAAACAAUUGUGCUGCAGACACUGGGUUUUGAAAUAACAGUGGAUCAUCCACACACAGAUGUUGUCAAAUGUUCACAACUAGUGAGAGCGAGCAAGGAUUUGGCACAGACUUCCUAUUUCAUGGCUACCAACAGUCUCCACCUCACCACCUUCUGUCUGGAGUACAGACCCACAGUGGUGGCCUGCGUCUGCAUCCAUCUGGCCUGUAAAUGGUCCAACUGGGAGAUUCCCGUGUCCACGGAUGGAAAACCCUGGUGGGAAUAUGUGGACCCAAACGUCACGCUCCACCUGUUGGAUGAGCUCACUCAUGAGUUUCUUCAGAUUCUGGAGAAAACUCCCAGCAGACUGAAGAGGAUCAGAAACUGGAGGGCCAUUCAAGCAGCUAAGAAGCCAAAGACGGAGACUGGGGCUGUGGACAGUGCCUUCCAAGGGACGUCUUUCGAUGGACUUCCUGGUGUCACCUCGUCUUUCUUCCCCUCCAGCUCAGAUUCUUCAGACAUUUCUUCCCUGAAUGCUGUCUCCUCGGCGUACGCCUCCUUUCAGCCCCUGGCCGGUCAGUCAAAGGGCUGUGGCUACGACCAGUUCUCUCAGUCUCUAGACACGGACUUUAUUGUGUUCAAGCAGGAGCACAAACCGACUGUUAGCAGUGGUUCUGGAGGGAAACAACAGCAGCAGCAGCAGCAGCUGACGGCAAACGCUGCCUCCUUUUCACGUUCACACAAAGUCUUGACUCUGGAAAAGUACAGAGAGAAACAUGCGGUGGAAAUAGCCUCACACAAUGGAGUGAAAGAGGAGCUGAGCACAGAGGACUUCGCUCCGCCUCCAUUGCUCUCUUCACAUCAUCACAAAAAACGCUCACAGUCGCAGCAGCUCAGCCAAUCGGGCGAGGGCAAGAGAGAAAAGUCGAGCUCUAAAAAGUCGCGACCUCCUCCUUCAACCUUUGUGGAGAACGGCUCAGCAUCAAGCGAGGAGCUCAAAAUGAGAAUCAAAGUGUCGUCUGAUCGUCACAAAGACCACGGCGUCAGCAGCCACCGCCACAGCAAACAUGGACACGCCCACUCCCUGUCUGCACGGGCCGCCAGCAGCCACGGUAGCGACUUGGGAGCGUCCAGCUCGUCACGUAAGAGGCCUCACCCUGAGGCCGGGAACCACUACCACUCGACCAAGAGCAGCCGCAGUUCCAACGGAGGGUCCGCCCACUACACAUCGGAGGGUGUGGCCAGGCUGACGGAGCACAACAGUCACGACAGAACAAAUGGAACGUUGCCCGUCAGCGGUCAACACACCGACUAUAAAAACACUUUUGACAUGCUGGACUCUUUACUAAGUGCCCAAGGAAUGAGUUUAUGAUCUGGACCGUCAGAUAUUAUCACGUGUUAGACAACAGAUCUGUCUUAAAUAGUCUGAGUCCUGCAUCGCCUUCAGCCAAGUCCACGCACUGUUGAUCUCCGUCGUAGCUGUCCAACAUUAGCCAAGUUGCUGCUAGGAUGUUUGAAAAACAUGCGGCUGAAGUUCCUUUUUUAAAAUAAAGUUAUUUUAAAGCAAGCAAAUUAAUUUUUAAGGUGCAUGUUUUCAGUCUUUCAAAGGGAAAACGUGGCUCUCAGCUGCUCUCACAGUUUACACAUUAUUAUUAUUAUUAUUAUUAAUUUGAUUUUUUUUAUGUCUAAGAACUAUUAUGUUCCACAAAAAAAAAUCUCAGGUCUUGAACUGUUUUGAUACAAGAAGGAAUCUUACUGUGUUUUGGGUUUCGUUGCCCGUGUUUGUGAUAGUCCUCCCUGAAAGGACAGCGCCCUCUGUUGGUGAGAAAAACAGAACGAGAACGUCUUGUUUGUCACAUCUGCUGUGAAAAAAACAUUUUUAAAAGUGAUGAAAGGUCUUGUUUGUGUUUGUACCUGCUGACUUCAAAGGUGCAGUGAAGUGAUUUUUGCAUCAUUCCCAGUCAAGUGUAUCACGAAAACCUGACUGUUCUGAUCUGCGUUUGUCAACUGGGAGCCAAUAAAGCUGGAAAGUAUCUUUUA